CUUACCUUGCUUCAACCCCACUUUUUCUCUCACUCACACUCGCUCUUGGCCUACAGUUUCUCUCUCUCCUGCUGAUCAGACGACACUGCAUAUGCCUUUAUCUCCCUCUCCCUCUCUCUAAACAGUUAGGUUCUCUCCCUUGCUUGCUGCGAGGCCACCGCUUGCUUCUUUUUUCUUUUUAGUUACAAGCUAGUUUGUUCAGCUCCACUUUAAUAAGAUUGCAGCAGCUAUUAACUGUUAUCUCUAGCUUAAGACUCAAGCAUCGAACUGCCUGCUGUCGCCUGAGCUGCUGCUGAAAGAUAGCUGGGUCGUCAGCCGGCCAUCGCUUUUAUAUCGCCCGCCAGGCCGUCUCAUCAUCAUUGUUGCCAUCACCUGCCGCUAACUGGCCGGGCGCCUGCCCGCAGCAGUAGUCGUCAAGAAACUGAUCGCUCGCUCAGCUCGUUCCGAGCGCAGAACGGUCGGGCUGGCGCCGGGGGCAGGAUCGGACGUCGCCGUCUCGGUCCAGCCACCGAUCGAUAUGGGGCGCGAGGCGGCGGCGACGAGGCCCAAGCUGCGGAGGGGCCUCUGGUCGCCGGAGGAGGACGAGAAGCUCUACAACCACAUCAUCCGGUACGGCGUCGGCUGCUGGAGUUCAGUCCCAAAGCUCGCAGGCUUGGAGAGAUGCGGCAAGAGCUGCAGGCUGAGAUGGAUCAACUACCUGAGGCCUGAUCUCAAGAGGGGCAGCUUCUCCCAGCAGGAGGAGGACCUCAUCAUCAGCCUCCACAAGAUCCUAGGCAACAGGUGGUCUCAGAUCGCGUCGCAGCUGCCCGGGCGGACGGACAACGAGAUCAAGAACUUCUGGAACUCGUGCAUCAAGAAGAAGCUCCGGCAGCGGGGCAUCGACCCGGCCACCCACAAGCCGCUCGAGGACGACGAAGCCGCCGCCAACAGCGGGGAGGCGCCACGGGACGACUGCAAGCAGCUCUCGGCGGCAACCGACGACCACUGCGGCUUCGCCAUGGGCGCCGCCGCCAGCAGCGACCCUCUAGCGCCGCACUCCCCGACCGUCAGCUUCGACCCACUGUCCGUGACCAACGUCCCGGCAAUGCAGGGCUCCUACGGCGCCGCGCACUCCUUCCGCUCGGACAACCUCUGCGACUACGGCGGCGUGGACGCGGCCUCCGACGGCGCUGCCGCGUACAGCGCCGCCGCCUACACGGGCAGCGGCGCCGACAGCUCCAGCAACAGCAACGGGACCUGGACCUGCGGCAAUGUGGUCGGCGGCGAGCCGAUGCCGCAAUUGGACAUGUUCGGCCGUGAGGCGUACCACCAGUUCGACCCGGCCAAGUACAGCCCCUGGCAGCAGCACGAGGCGGCGAGGCUCCACGACGGCGUAGGCGGCGCGGCGGGCUUCCCGAUCCGGUCGAUGUCGCGGGACCUGCCGGAUUCCUGCUUCGACCUCGCCCGCAGCGCGCUGGAGGACGAGUUCAGCGUCGACUUCCUCUGACUCCCACGCCGAGAGAUGGUUGUCACCCGACAGGCACACACAUACACGCACAUCACUACUACCUCAUCGGAAGAUCACCCAACAAAAGAUCCUGCCUGGCGUGUUCGUUAUUUUUUUUUUCUUUUCAUCUGGUCCUGCUUAUUUGGAUCAAGUUGUUUACUUAACACACGUUGGUAUACUGUGUCCAUAAUAAGGGUUAUUAUUAUGUAUACUAUAUACUCCACCUCAAUUCAUGGGGGCCACAA